AUGACAUCCAGUACUCCAAUUCAAGAAAAUAGUAAAGCUAAAUGUAGUAAUCAACUGAAUCUAAAACAUCUUAAUCAUUUGGAUGGAUGGAUGCGGAAAGUCAUGGAGUUCCUAUAUCAUCCAAUUGAUCCUUCGUCUCUCGGUAUAACGCGUAUUCUCUAUGGAUUUUUAAUGAUUGUUGAUACAACUCAAGAACGAGGAAUGGAAAAGAUUCCUUACAAAUACAAAGACCCAGAAGCUUGUUUUUUCCCACUAUUUAAUAUACUAACACCGUUAUCUGCCGAUUGGAUGCAUGUAGUCUACUUAUCGAUGAUUAUUGCAGCAUUCUGUAUUUGCAUUGGUUUUUGUUAUCGUUUCGUUACCAUUUGGCUAGCAGUUUGCUAUUGGUAUGUUUUCCUCUUAGACAAGACAACAUGGAAUAAUCAUUCUUACUUGUUUGGUCUGUUUGCGUUAUUCUUUUCUUUUACCAAAGCAAAUCGAUGGUGCUCUGUGGAUGGAAAAUUAGACCAGUCAAUUCGAAAUACCCACAUUCCUCGAUGGCAUCUAGCUUUAUUUCAAUUUCAGAUCUUUCUAGUCUACUUUUAUGCUGGAAUAAAAAAAUUAGAUCCAGACUGGAUAACUGGUAAUUCAAUGGUAUCCUUAGAAGCACAUUGGGUAUUUUCCUUAUUUCACUAUGUUCUAACUCCGGAGCAAGUUAACUUGUAUAUUGUUCAUUAUGGGGGAUUUGCUUUCGACUUAAUGGAAGGAUUCCUAUUAUUUUUUGACAUCACACGGCCAAUUGGGCUACUGUUGGGAUUUUAUUUUCACUUUUCCAAUGCUUGUAUGUUUACUAUUGGUAUCUUUCCAUAUGCUAUGUUAGCAACAUUACCGAUAUUCUGUAGACCGGACUGGCCUAAAAGAUUACUUGUAAAAACCCCACAACGUUGGCAACGCCAUUUCAUUAUUGAUGCACCUAAAAAUUAUUCCUCAUCAGAUUGCAUUGCAGUAAACUCUGCAAAAUUAGGAAUUCGGCGCUUUACAAAGAAAAAUAAAUUUACGUUAUUUGCUUUGAGCUGUUAUAUCGCUAUUCAGCUCUUUUUGCCAUUCUCACAUAACGUUACCAAGGGAUAUACUGGCUGGGACGAUCAUGGUCUAUAUGGAUACUCUUGGGACAUGAUGGUUCAUACUUGGGCAACACAGCAUGUUAAAAUAACAGUCGUCGAUCUUUCAAAUGGCCGGCAAUUUCAUCUCAAGCCUUCUGUAUGUUAUAAAUAUGCCGAUCGUUGGAAUUCUCAUCCUGACAUGAUUAAGCAAUAUGCUACUUGCAUCGGCCGCCGUGUGAAGAAGUUAGGUGUUAAACAACCCGCAGUUUAUUUCGAUAUUUGGAAAUCGAUGAACCGUCGAUUUAAACAACGAACAGUUGAUCCAUCUGUUGAUGUGCUUGCAGCUCCAUGGUCACCGUUUACCAAGACGCCAUGGAUGAUGCCAUUACUCAAAGACUUUACGUGGUGGAGAUCGAAAAUGGUUGAACUGGAUGAGAAAUUAUUGAAUGAUAGUAUUACCUUGUCAACGAAUUAUGUAGCUGAUUUUCCGGGCUUUACACUGGAAAAUUUUGUACCGGAAGUUUAUCGAGUGAAUUUAACAGUAUUACAAGGUACAGUACGCAUUAGUGUUGGACAGAAAGGCCACAACAUCGACGCUAAUCAAACAGCAAUUUUGCCAAAUAAUAGAACUCACGAAGUUCGCGUAGUAUCCAAAGAACCGGCCAGCUAUUACUAUCUUUUCAGUAAUAUUACAAUGGAAAAGAUGAUUGAUCAAGAAUUAAAUAAGAUUAACAGUACUGAAGAAACUGCCAAGAAUGGUACUACUACAUACUUAAAAUCUAUAAAAAAGAAAUUAACUCCAAUUUAUCGCUUCAUCUAUCUCAAAGGACUUCUCUACUACCAUAUUGGCAACAAUACAAUCAACGCUUUAAGCAACAUACUAAGAAAUUGCAAUUGCGAUCAGAAUUUGUUACCGACUAAUAAACCUUAG